AGGGGGAGGAGGAGAAGGAGGUGGAGGACGGGCGGGGAGACCAAGAGGGGCGGGGCGGGCUCGCGCUGCAGCGGCGGCGUUAGGGAAGGAGGAGGAAGCGGAGGAUGGCGGAGCGACACCUCGGAAGCUUGGUGUGAAAGAUGCGAGCUCUGCUGACCCAUUUGUCCUGUUCCAAUCCAGUUGAGGCAGUAUCUACAGUUCAUAAGAGCACGAGGCUACUAGCCUCCCCGUCCGCGCCCCGGCUCUGUCGCGCCCCUCUCUUCCUCGCGGAGCGUUGAUGGACGCAGGAGCCGCCGGGCGUCGUCGACCGUCAUCGAACAAACGUGCUCACGCGAGUGCACGGGGAUGUACGAAUGCGCCGAGGUACGGCGGCGAUUUUAAAGCUUUCGUUUUGAGCCGCGAACGAGAGGAGCGAAGGGAGAGAGAAGGAGACUGAGGGUCUCAUGCUGCGUCGGGCCAAAGUGCUUUCACCAUGAGCGGCGCUUUAGGCAAAGACAAAGACUGCAAAGAAAAAGAGGCCAAAGUGCUCGUGGGAAAGGAGCGCGACAAGGAUCCCAAGGCGCCCGCCGGCCUCGGCAAGGAGGGCAAGGAGCCCAAAACCAAAGGGAAAGAUGCCAAAGACGGCAAGAAGGACGCUAGCGGCGCACCGCCGGCCGUCGCUUUCUCCGUCGACAACACGAUCAAGCGGCCGAACCCGGCGACCGGCGCGCGCAAGAAGUCCGGCAAUGCGGAGGUGGCCAAGGAGCUGGUGAAAUGCCGUGAGGAGAACGCGACGCGCCUGGACCUGUCCAAGCGCUCCAUCCACCUGCUCCCGCCAUCCGUCAAGGAGCUGACCCCGCUCACCGAGCUCUACCUGUACAGCAACAAGCUGCAGAGCCUCCCGGCCGAGCUGGGCUGCCUGUCGGGCCUGGUGACGCUGGCGCUGAGCGAGAACUCGCUCACCAGCCUGCCGGACUCUCUGGAAAACCUGAAGAGGCUGCGCAUGCUCGACCUGCGGCACAACAAGCUGCGGGAGAUCCCGCCCGUGGUGUACCGCCUCUCAUCUCUCACCACGCUGUACCUGCGCUUCAACCGCAUCACCGCCGUCGAGAAGGACAUCCGCAACCUGAGCAAGCUCACCAUGCUGAGCAUCCGCGAGAACAAGAUCAAACAGCUGCCCGCAGAGAUUGGAGAGCUGUGCAACCUGAUCACUCUGGAUGUGGCCCACAAUCAGCUGGAGCAUCUUCCUAAAGAGAUCGGCAACUGCACGCAGAUCACCAACCUGGACCUUCAGCACAACGAGCUCCUGGACCUUCCCGAGACGAUCGGCAAUCUGUCGAGCAUAAACCGCCUGGGUCUGCGCUACAACAGGCUGUCGGCGAUCCCCCGAUCGUUAGCCAAGUGCCGGGAGCUGGAAGAGUUAAACCUCGAGAACAACAACAUCUCCGUGCUGCCCGAGGGUCUGCUCUCCAGCCUGGUCAACCUGACGAGUCUGACGCUGGCACGUAACUGUUUCCAGUCGUAUCCUGUGGGAGGACCAUCGCAGUUCUCCACCAUCUACUCCCUCAACAUGGAGCACAACCGCGUCAACAAGAUCCCCUUCGGCAUCUUCUCACGAGCCAAAGUUCUCAGCAAGCUCAACAUGAAGGAUAACCAGUUGACCUCACUGCCGUUGGAUUUCGGCACGUGGACCAGCAUGGUGGAACUCAACCUGGCCACCAACCAGCUGACCAAGAUUCCCGAGGACGUGUGUGGACUCGCUUCGCUUGAGGUCCUUGUCUUGUCCAACAACCUGCUGAAGAAGUUACCUCACGGGAUCGGCAACUUGAGGAAGCUGCGUGAGCUCGACCUGGAGGAGAACAAGCUGGAGUCUCUCCCCAACGAGAUCGCCUACCUGAAAGACCUGCAGAAACUGGUCUUGACCAACAAUCAGCUGACCACUCUACCCAGAGGGAUAGGCCAUCUUACCAACCUGACUCACCUGGGGCUGGGAGAGAACCUCCUACAACACCUGCCUGAAGAGAUUGGCACUCUGGAGAACCUGGAGGAACUGUACCUGAACGACAACCCCAAUCUGCACGGGCUGCCCUUCGAGCUGGCGCUCUGCAGCAAGCUGUCCAUCAUGAGCAUCGAGAACUGCCCGCUGAGCCAGCUCCCGCCGCAGAUCGUCGCCGGCGGCCCGUCCUUCAUCAUCCAGUUCCUCAAGAUGCAGGGCCCUUACCGUGCCAUGGUCUGACCACCAGAACUCCCCCUGAGAACCAGUAAAGAGCAGAGUUUCACACAAAAGAAGGAAGGUGAAGCAGAAAGAUUUCUGGCACUUCAGACCAAACAGACCAAUCAUCAACUUUUAACAAACUCUGAUCCGUGUGUGUUUCGGAGGACAGGAAACUCUCGGAGCAUCAAAACCGGGUUGCCAACUCUUUCAUUUCCUCCUCUUCAUCCUAAAAACUGUUGUAUGCAAAAACAUUUUUUUUUUUUUUUUUCCCCCUCUCCAUCAUUUGCUGCUGCUGCCACCAUAAUCCUUUAUUUUUUUGGGUUCCUUUCUAACACACACACAGUUUGGUUUCUGUACAAAGGUUGUUGGGUAAGUGCAAACAAACAAGUGUAGUUGUGAAAACCAUUUUAUAUGAGCGUAUAUAUAAAAACAAAAAGACACACGGAAAAAUUGUGCCUAUCCAGCACAAGCGGCUGGUUUGUUCUCCUGAACAUCGAUCGCUCGAGAGAGGGGUCCGAGACAAUAAAGAACCCCCCACCCCACCCCCAACAAACAUAUCAUAAACGUAUCAUUAAUGACAAACUCCACACACACGGAAUCAGGACACAAAGUCAUCCAGGAAACUCGGCUCAAAGCACGAUUUCUUUUCACUCUUAUGCACUUUCUAAUCCGGCGUCAGCUUCAAAAAGGGGCGUUUUUACACUUUAUUUCAACACGAGCUCGUUGGAAUCAGUGGGGUUUUGUAACAUAUCAUAAAACAGCUCUUUCAGUUUGCGCAUCAUUUUAUGAGACUUUUUUUUGGGCUCAGUUGGUCACUGUGCUUCACACAAACAUCACCCAUAUCUCUGAUCUCUGGACUUCAUCACUCAGUUUGUGCAAAGUGUUAAAAUUUUACCACCCUUCAGACUGAUUUUGUUUGGGUUUUUUUUUUACACUAUUUGAACAGAUCUGUCUUUAAGUAUUGUAUGAAUAUGGAGUGACUGUACACGUUUGAACAAACCAACCAUGUACUUUAUCAAUCUUUUUAGUUUUCGGUCAUGUCCACGAUCGAAUCAGAUUUUCUUCAAUUGACCUUUUAUUUUGUGAAGACGUCUCCAGCAGCAGCAGCAUAUCUGAAAAAAGCAGAGCGCGAUGGACAAGGUCACUGCUUUCCAUCUGUUGCUGGACCUCUUACACACAAUGCUGUACACACACGACUCGAGCGCAGCACCGACCGUCAACCGAGGACUUGUAAAAAGGGCUUUUCGUUUAUUUUUUGUUUUGUUUUUUUCUGUUCCCCGCUCGCAGACACGCCACAGGCAUCGCAUUCCCAGUUUUGUAUAAAAGCUUAGACGAAACAAAAUGUACAUUGGAUUUUCCUCUUUUGUGUAAUUACAGUUAGCUGUUAACAAGAUGGAAUUAUUAUUAUUAUUGUUAUGUGGAAAAUAAAUGCCUUCGAUGAGUACCGAG